AUGGCCGCCGAAACCAAGAAGAACAAUGAUGCAGAGACGGAGACCCCACAAGAUAUACCUGUAUCUACAAUAAAGAGCGAUCCAAUCACUGGGAGUUACAAGAAAUCAAACGCCGAUGUGAUCAGUGCGAAGGUGAAGCUUGAAAAGCUCCUUGAAAAGCUCAGCAUUGAACCAGCCACUGCUGAAGCUCCAGCGGUCGGGCCCACGCCUGCUGUGGUGGCUAAAGAUUCGGACUCUACAAAGGAAGACAACUCCUUGUCAAAUCCUUGGACUGAAUUCGUCUCGCGCAAAACCAACGGACCCACAACGGCUACCCAGCCUAAAAGUUCCCGACAUCUCGAAGCGUAUGUUCUCCGGCCCCAUAUCGAGACGUCCAAAGACAAUGUCACCUGGUCUUCUAAAGUCGAACCUCUCGGCCUGGAUGAAGCGGCAAUUGCAUCAGCAGAUAUGGUGACUACAAUGGGCGCUUUCAAAGUGAAGUCGGUCAUCUUCAUUAUUGCUAUCCAAUCAAGAGAUGGAAGCGUACUCACAGAAACAAAGCGGAUGGUUGAAGUCCCCGAAGUCAGGACUUUUGCCUGUCCGUUCAACUCUUCGCAGACCUUUCAACCACGCCCAAACACCAACAAUGAUCCCCUCCCCGGAGCGUCCUCCGAAAAGAAUGAAAAGCCUAGUAGCAGUGGUUGCAGACUCGGUUUUGCACAAAAUUCGGAAGGCUUGGCCUCUCUCUUCCAGAGCAAUCGCCCAAUAUCAGCCAGCCCAUUCUCCAGCCCAGAAAACCCCCGCACCAACGACCCAGUUGAAUUGUGUAAUUCCAGUGGAACCAUCGGGCACAAUGAAGAAAACCAAGGAGAUCGUGGCUAUCGGGACAUAGGGUCUGGUGAAGGGGAAGUACUACACUACAUGACUAUCACUGCUCAAGAGCUAUAUGGUCUCAAUCCGCCUAGUCUUGAGGAACUCCGCGUUCGCGACUAUGCCGUUGGCCUUACUGUGGCCUUAACCAUAAAGCCUAAAGUUAAGCAUUCACCAAAGUCUGAUACUUCGCUACCAUUCGGCGGACAGUACGUCAAUCCGAAAGCGCCCGCCGGCGCGCCUACUGUACCCCAACCACCUAGCAUGGCAUGGAUGGGCAUAUUUAAGAACUCUCCGCCUACACAAUCAAAUCUUUCCAAACUCUCCAAAGAACCAGCUAGUGGGAAGCCUGCCUGUAAGCCUACUUCGACGACUCUCUUGAGCAGAUGUGGCGUGGUGUCUAAUCCAACGCCAGGACCAGGGGGAAAUAUUGGCCAGCAAACUUCUUCUGGCAAAUCUGAUCUCUGGGAAAGGCACUGCAAACGUCGUUCUACAUACAUUAUCCUUGGCUAUUUCGAAGAACCGGGGUCCCAGUUCCCCAUCGACAAAGAAGGUUGGAUGUGGCGACAACUUGGUCCUAAACCUCCCAUCUGCACCGUCUACUACCGCAUCUCCUUUCGUGUUCGGCCUGCGAAAGCCUUUCAUUUUCAGUCUGCAAAAGCCUUUCGUAUCGGAGCAGCCGAAGCCUUCCAUAUUCGGCGAGCCGAAGCAAGAAGAUAUGAGGAAGGAAGGUGA